AUGUUUCUUUCUAUUUUCUUGAUACUGCUCAUUCCUGAUUCGAUCAUUAGUGUGCCGUAUGAUACUGUCUCUGGAGCACAAUUGAUAACCAGUAAUAUUGUGAGUCUAUGGCUAUAUAAUCAAUCAUCAUGGUCUUACUGUAUGUGCCAAGCUCUUCAAUAUGAACAAGCGACUAUUGUAGCAUUUAAUUAUUUUAUUAAUUAUCAAGCAUGUGAAUUGAUUCCAAAUGGUUCUCCUUCGAAUGGAACAUAUUAUAUGACGUCAUCAUCGAGUUCUGCGAUUUAUAUUCUCAAUAAGGGUUUUUUUAAUUCAUUAAAAUCAAUCUGCUGUUCGGAUAUAUCAUGGCUUUUGUACAAAAUUCAACUAUCAGAUACAUUUAAUAGUGUUAAUGUUACACAGCCAGUUGGUUUAGCACUCAAUGCUGAUCUUAAUGUGUUCGCGAUCACUUAUGGAAUUGAAAGAUCGAUACAAAUGAGAGAAGCAUCCAAAAGUAUGACUGCUAAACAAAAUACAUUAGCAGGAGCUAAUGCACAACCAAUUAGUUAUCAUGACGGAAUUUAUUUUGCCGGUAUUAAUCCUCCAACUCGAGCAAACCCCUUUAAUUUCUACGAGUAUGAUUCAACUUUAGCACCGUUGACUGCGAUGGAUUUUUCGGAAGGUGAUCCUCAACGUGCUGUUUGGCUUUUUAACAAUUCCAUCAUGUUGCCGAUUCCAUUUAGUCAACCUUAUGGUUUAGCAAAGUCAAAUGAUGAUGCAAUCAUUUAUGUUAGUGGAAAUAACGCAACAAUUUAUCAACUGUCUACUAGUACAUUCAUGUGGUCUAUUCUUGUUCCGAAUUAUAAUAGUACAGAAAUACCCAUGUCUUUAGCCGUUGAUUCGUGUGGUAAUCGUUUGUGGGUACUCAUGUUAGGUUUCGGUAUUCGUAUAUAUGAUCGAAUAUAUGGCAAUGAAGUUGCUUCGUGGAAUAUGUCAAUGCCUUAUCCUACUCUUUACGAUAUGAUAUUAACAUCGGACUAUGAACUCUAUUUAAUCGACUCUUCAAUGAAUCAACUUAUUCAUUAUGGUUUACCAUUAAAUGAUCAAUGUACAAUCAACUGA